AUGCUGUCUACCUGGAAGAGACCCCUAUUCAUGACUAUUUACCAGGACCCUGAACCCACCACAGCCUCUUUUGGCACCGAGAUGGUCAACAUCACCUCGCAUGUCCUCACAUCAGCCCUUAAUGGGACCCUUUCACAGGACGACUGCCCGGACGCCAAGUGGCUGGAAUGGAUCAAUGCCACCCAGGCCCCUUUCCUCUGGGUCCUGUUCCUGCUGGCUGCGCUGGAGAACAUCUUUGUCCUCAGCGUCUUCUGCCUGCACAAGAGCAGCUGCACGGUGGCAGAGAUCUACUUGGGGAACCUGGCGGCCGCGGACCUGAUCUUGGCCUUUGGGCUGCCCUUCUGGGCCAUCACCAUCGCCAACAACUUUGACUGGCUCUUCGGAGAGGUCCUGUGCCGCGUGGUGAACGCCAUGAUCUACAUGAACCUGUACAGUAGCAUCUGCUUCCUGAUGCUGGUGAGCAUUGACCGCUAUCUGGCCCUGGUGAAAACCAUGUCCGUGGGCCGGAUGCGCCGUGUGCGCUGGGCUAAGCUCUACAGCCUGGUGAUCUGGGGCUGCACCCUGCUGCUCAGCUCGCCCAUGCUGGUGUUCAGGACCAUGAAGGAGUACAACGAGGAGGGCUACAAUGUCACUGUGUGCCUCAUCGCCUACCCCACCCUCACCUGGCAGGUGUUCACCAACGUCCUCUUGAACCUGGUGGGUUUCCUGCUGCCCCUGAGCGUCAUCACCUUCUGCACGGUGCAGAUCAUGCAGGUACUGCGUAACAACGAGAUGCAGAAGUUCAAGGAGAUCCAGACGGAGAGGAAGGCCACCGUGCUGGUGCUGGCCGUGCUGCUGCUUUUCGUCGUGUGCUGGUUGCCCUUCCAGAUCAGCACCUUCCUGGACACGCUGCUGCACCUCAACGUCCUGUCGGGCUGCUGGCACCAGCACAUCAUUGACGUCAUCACACAGAUCAGCUCCUUCGUGGCCUACAGCAACAGCUGCCUCAACCCGCUGGUGUACGUGAUGGUGGGCAAGCGCUUCCGGAAGAAGUCCUGGGAGCUGUACCGCGGUGUGUGCCGCGGGAAAGGAGGCUGUGUGGCCGAGCCCGUCCAGACAGAGAACUCCAUGGGCACCCUGCGUACCUCCAUCUCUGUGGAGCGCCAGAUUCACAAACUGCAGGACUGGGCGGGCAGCAGUCAGUGA